AUGGCUGGCAAGGCAUGGCGGAUCAUUCCAAGGCCUCUAAUGGAAACAGUCCUCAACAACCACGCUCAGCACCACCGCGUGCCUCAACCUCUCAUCCUCCACGGCCCCCGCGGCGUCGGCAAAACCACCCUUAUCCUCGAACGUCUGUUUGAGAAAUGGAACACCGGCCCACACAUCACCGGUUAUGUUGACUUUGCUGAGUCGAUAGAGGAUUAUCAUCCAAAGCAUGGUCAUUCAUAUCCAUGGACAUCAUGGACAAUGUGUCCAUCACCUAAACUUGUUACUCUUGAGGCUCAGCUUGAAAGCUGCCUUGAGGCCAUGACUAAAAGGGCCAUCAAGCUUGGGACCAUUAGCUCGCACCAAAUAUUCACCACUCUCACCAAAUGGCACAGUCCGACUACUGCACUUAACAAAAUAUUGAAUGUUGACUCGGGUUCAAAAAUGCAUUUAACGGCAAAGAAGAACAGGUUUUCCACAUCAAAUCUGUGGGAGACUGCUGUUUUUAGGUUUUGUGCUGGACUGAGUGAACAAGAGUUAGAUGGGGUUUUAGAUAAGAGAAUUACUGUGGAGGAGGGAUCGCAUCACAAGGAGGCCAUGGCGGCUCUAAAAUUGGCUAAAGAAGUGAUUAGAGUUCAAGGGAAGUGGAGAGAGAAUGCAGUUCGAGAUUUGAACAGUAAGGGUGGAUUCUCAAGGUCCCUGGCAAAUUCGGCCACUGAUUGGCCUUGUUUGUUGCUUGAAAUAUUGUCUUUGGUAGCUGAAAUGGACUAUUUCCAGCCGAAGCUCGUGAUAAACAACAUUGAGCUUUUGAAGAAUGCUGUUUCAGAGGAUGAUAGAAAAAUAUGUGGAUCCAUGUACCAUGAUAGUCUGAUUUGGAGAAUAAUAGCUUUGGGUGCAAAUGAGAGAUGUCUCCCUGUUGUUCUUGUGACAUCUGACAGCUACUACUCCUACAAAGCUUUUAUGGAUUUUGGAUUUCCAGAUAUUUUCAUCUCCCGUGAGACAUUUGGGUGGACCCCAGCAGAGGCAAAAUUGCAUAUGGUUGGUGACUAUUUUAGUCAAUCUGAGUGGGAUCUAAUUGUUGAGGUACUGGGGCCAAAUCCACGGCAUCUUUUUGAGGUUUAUGCACUCAAGCUCAGCAAUUAUUAUCAAAAGUUGAACUACGAUAAUACAUUUGAAGAUAUCAUUGAUCUCUAUCUGGCAUAUUUGCAAGUAAAUGUGGUUAACCCUGCCAUGGAUAAGGCCUUGUUGUUAUUGGAGAAGUUCGCUGUUGACGCACAGAGUGGAAAAAUUUCGAAAGAUCGAUUACGAUUUGGUUCUCCCUGGCGGCAUCCCCCCAAAACUGAUAUCACAUCAUGGGCUAAAAUUCAGUUAAUGGACUUCAUUCAGUCCUUAGUGAAUGCAGGUUUUUCUGUUAACUAUUUUGCUGACUGGAGUCUUGAGUUCUUGGAUGAUCCCUCUGCACUUGCCAUGAUAGAGGUUGGUUUGUUGUACACCCAGCGUGACCCCUCCUAUAUUCGCCCUGUCACACGUGGUAUUCAGAGAUGCCUUGUGAGAUGGCUUGUUCAAGAACGGUUAGGUCUGAACUUCACAAAUUCCAUUCUUUACAAUUGGCAGCGCACUGUGGCAAAGAGGUAUAUGGCUCUCGUGAACUCAUUGGUUGUCACACUACAGAGGUCGAAAAAAAAAAAAAAAAUUGUAGAAAUCGGGUGA